AUGUGGUCAAAAUUACGCAAGUUCGGUUUAAAUGAAUGCACAUUACGAACGAUGGUCGAGAAUUCUGCAGUUUUGUUAAGAGUUCUCUCCCUGAACCUUGAACCAGAUUAUAAGAAAGACAUUCCCAUAAUAUUCAACAUAUUUACGCUCGUCAUUUGCAUAUGCUACUUUUACGUCUACGUAUUCUCCAUGGUGUGGUUCGUGUUCUUCAAGUGCAUGGAGACUGGUGACGUCAUCAGCGCCAUGAUUGUCUUUGCCUUGGGUAUUGCCAGUGAGAUCUCUACAAUCAAGUUUAUUUACAUGAUCAUGUAUCAAGAAUCUCUUAGGAAUAUAAUAAACAAAUUUUUGAUCCAUGACUCAAAAGGUGAUUCAAAUUCAAGAUUCACAAAUAAUCAGCACAAGGUUCUGAGACGAGUGAAAAAGAGAGCGAUGAUAUUUUGGAUGAUGAUCAUGGGUAAUGGAGUGGUGUACGCCAUAAAACCUUUGCUGAUGCCCGGGAGACAUAAUAUGGAAGAUGUGGAAUUCCUCUACGGUUUGAAACCACUCGCGGCUUCACCAAACUAUGAAAUCGCAUAUUUCCUUUCUUUAGGAGGAGUUAUAUUUACAUGUUAUGGUACCGCCAAUAUCUCUGGGUUUUUCAUUAUCAUAACCGGUUACAUAGAAGCGCAAAUGUUUAGCCUCAGUGAAGAAUUGUUGAGCGUUUGGAACGACGCUCAAAAUUAUUACUAUAACAAUUUUAAUGGUACAGAAACAUGUUUUAGAGAUGAAUCUGAAGAUAUAUUGAAAGAGAAACAUAGGAUUCUUAAUAAAUACGUAGAGGAACAGUUACAUUACAUUAUUGAUUAUCACACGACUAAUAUAAAUUUUCUCAAUCAAAUUGAAAAUGUGUUUUGUAGUGCUAUAGCCAUAGAAUUUGGUUUGCUUAUAAUAUCUCUUAUAGCUGAAUUCUUGGGAGGAUUAGAGAACACGUACUUGCUGGUGCCUUAUGCUUUAGUCCAAGUGACAAUGGACUGUAUUACGGGGCAGAAGCUUCUAGAUUCAAGUAUUAUGUUCGAAAGAGCAGUGUACGAGAGCAAGUGGGAGAACUUUGAUAUGACGAAUAUGAAGACAGUAUUGAUGAUGUUGGUGAAUUCUCAGAAGGGGGUCGCGAUAAGUGCCGGUGGGUUGGUGAAGCUGAGUUUCAUAUGUCUCAUGUCUGUUGGUCGGAUGAUCUAUCAGACAUAUACGGCAUUGAGAUCAGCAGUGAACCGUUGAUUUAAACGAUAAUCUUCUUUAAUAGUUAAGGAAAAAGGCUUUGUUUUGCUCAAAGUAA